AUGAUAGAACAGCAAAAGCGAAAGGGCCCAGAGUUGCCGCUGGUCCCAGUCAAGCGGCCGCGGCAUGAAUUGCUACUGGGAGCGGCGGGGUCGGGCCGAGCCGGGCAGCAGCAGGUGGUGCCGGGAGCUUUGCUGCAAGCGGGGCCUCCAAGAUGUUCCUCCCUUCAAGCCCCAAUCAUGCUUCUCUCAGGACAUGAAGGGGAAGUGUAUUGCUGCAAGUUUCACCCCAAUGGAUCCACCUUAGCAUCUGCAGGAUUUGACCGACUGAUAUUGCUGUGGAAUGUCUAUGGUGACUGCGAUAACUAUGCUACAUUGAAGGGACACAGUGGACCAGUGAUGGAACUGCAUUAUAACACAGACGGCAGUGUGCUCUUCUCAGCAUCCACAGAUAAAACUGUGGCGGUGUGGGAGAGUGAAACAGGAGAGAGGGUUAAAAGACUGAAGGGGCACACUUCCUUUGUGAAUUCCUGUUAUCCGGCCAGGAGGGGUCCCCAGCUUGUCUGCACUGGCAGUGACGACGGUACAGUUAAGCGUUGGGACAUCCGUAAGAAAGCAGCGAUCCAGACAUUUCAGAACACCUAUCAAGUGUUAGCUGUGACCUUCAAUGACACAAGUGAUCAGAUUAUUUCUGGUGGAAUAGAUAACGAUAUCAAGGUCUGGGACCUGCGCCAAAAUAAGCUGACCUACACGAUGAGAGGCCAUGCAGACUCAGUGACUGGCCUGAGUUUAAGCUCUGAAGGCUCUUAUCUCUUGUCCAAUGCAAUGGACAAUACAGUGCGGGUCUGGGAUGUCCGGCCAUUUGCUCCCAAAGAAAGGUGUGUGAAGAUAUUUCAAGGAAAGGUACACAACUUUGAAAAGAAUCUUCUGAGAUGUUCUUGGUCACCUGAUGGAAGCAAGAUAGCAGCUGGCUCAGCCGACAGGUUUGUGUAUGUGUGGGAUACCACAAGCAGGAGGAUUUUGUAUAAGCUACCCGGCCAUGCUGGCUUCAUCAAUGAAGUGGCUUUCCACCCCGAGGAACCCAUCAUUCUCUCAGCAUCCAGUGACAAGAGACUAUAUAUGGGAAAGAUUCAGUGAAGAUAUGGAAUGGAAGACUCCACAAGGCUGCUUGACCCUGAGACCUCAGACAGCAUAAGUGGCAUCAAAUG